CGGACGUAUUUUUAUAACGCAACAAAAGCAUGCAUGGAAGAAGAAAUGUAAGAAAAGGUCCAAUGUCUUGAACAGGUAACAGAUGUGGAUGAGCUGGUUCCUGAAAGGGACCACCUGUCUCUUGCAGGUGGCAGCCCGCAGCACCCCAAGGCUCCCUCCCCAAAGAUGCCUCUCUUCCUCCCUUAUCAGAGUCCUAACCAAGCCACACACCCCAAGAUUUGCUAUUCCUUCAUACUAUCCUCAGGGACAACUAUGGGGGAUGUCAUUGCCAAUCAGUUGUACCAGGAGCUACAAAAAAGAUACCAAGUCUAUCCUAGACUUUCCUGUCGACCCUAUUACAGUGACCGAUAUCAAACAAUAUCUACGCUCUAAAGACAUCCCAUUCCAUGAUGGCUACAGCUGCUUGCACGCCCCCAGCAUGUUCCUGGACUCGGCUAUGGGUGUCCCUGCGGAUACAGGGAGGGAGAGCUUUACAAUGUUCAUUGACAAAACCACAGGCCAAUUUCUGUGCAAGGAGACGCUGGUGGAGGGGAGCUGGGAGGACCUGCAGGACUGCCUGGAGGUGAUGCAGAAGGAGGGCCAGGCCUCCCUCAGCCCUCACGUGCUGCUGGGCUACCCCGAAAGCCUGGAGGAGCGGGAGGAGAAGGAACAGGAGCUCAGGGAGGUGCAGAGGAUCUGGUCCAGUGCCGUGCCCUUCUCAGACCUCCCUGACGAGGAGGCACAGCUAGUCAAAACCAUGUUCCAGAUCAGCAAGAUCUCCAACGCCACACUCAAAAAGUUUGCGGUGAGGUUAUUCAAGCCCACCAAGAGCCUGGUGUUCCCCUGGUUUGGUGGAAGGGACUCCAGCCUGCGGGGCGUCAAGCUGCUAUCCGCCCAGAGCAUGGAGGGCGGAACGGUGGCUUAUACCGAGGCCACGGUGCCCAAGGCUGGCUCCUACCACAACCUGUUUGGACUGCCUCUGGUGGGACGCAUGGACUCUGAGGUGGUGCUGACAGGCCAGGAGGUGGAUACCCUGGCAGUGAGCCAGGCCACAGGCCUGCCCAGUGUGGCUCUGCCCCGGGGUGUUAACACCCUGCCCCCAGCUCUCCUGCCCUACCUGGAGCAGUUCAAGCGGGUCACCCUGUGGCUGGGAGGGGACAUGCGCUCCUGGGAGGCCUCCAAGAUCUUCUCCAGGAAGCUGGGUCUUAAGCGCUGCUCCCUAGUGCGCCCGGGGGAGUUCCAGCCCUGUCCUCUGGAGGCCCUGUUCCAGGGCAGGAACCUGGCCCGCAUCGUCAAAGCCUCCAUCCCCGCCGCCCACAAGUCCAUUGUGUCGUUCAGGCAGCUCAGGGAGGACGUCUACGGGGAGCUUGCCAACACGGAACAGGUGGCUGGGGUGAAAUGGACCAGGUUUCCAGAGCUCAACAGGAUCAUGAAGGGUCAUCGCAAAGGGGAACUGACAGUCUUCACAGGACCCACGGGCAGCGGCAAGACCACCUUCAUCAGUGAGUUUGCCCUGGACCUGUGCAUGCAGGGCGUCAACACGCUGUGGGGCAGCUUUGAGAUCAACAACGUGCGCCUGGCCAAGAUCAUGCUGACCCAGUUCGCCAUGCAGAGGCUGGAGGAGAACCUGGACCAGUACGACUCGUGGGCCGACAGGUUCGAGGACCUGCCCCUCUAUUUCAUGACCUUUCACGGGCAGCAGAACAUCAAAGCUGUGCUGGACACCAUGCAACACGCUGUCUACCUUUACGACAUCAGUCACGUGAUCAUUGACAACCUGCAGUUCAUGAUGGGCCAGGAGAACCUCUCUGUAGACAAGUUUGCCGUCCAGGACCACAUUAUCGGAGCUUUCAGGAAGUUUGCCACCAACAGCAGCUGUCACGUCACUCUGAUCAUUCACCCCAGGAAAGAGGAGGACGACAGAGAACUACAGACAGCGUCCAUCUUUGGAACAGCCAAGGCCAGCCAGGAGGCAGACAACGUGCUCAUCCUGCAGGAGAAGAAGCUGGUGACAUGCCCCGGCCGGAGGUCACUCCAGGUGGCCAAGAACCGCUUCGACGGAGACGUGGGCAUUUUCCCUCUGGAGUUCAACAAGGUCUCGCUCACUUUCUCCGGCCCAGUCAAGGGCAAGCACAAGCUGAGAAAGGUCAAAGGUGACAAGGGGGAGGGGUCAGAUAAUGAGGAGUCUUUAGGAGAAACUCUAAAGAAGGAGGAGACAACGGUUAAAAAGGAGAAACUAGUGAAGUUGGAGAGGCCACCCAAAGCUACCAAAACUCCCAGAGCUGUUAAGAGUCCUGCAGCAGGGAAGGGCACACCAGAGGGCGAGGGGAAGAAACAGCCAUAGAGAGAAGACUUCACUCAUUGAUCUAAGCAAAGAACAUUGUCUCAGUGUAUAAUGAUUUGAAAUGACAGAAAGGUAUUGGGCCUUCAUUUAUGGUACAGUAUCAUAAAAGGAAGGAAAAUGUAUUGCUUAAUAUUGAUGAUUUGUCACCUGAUUGGAAAAUGUGCUUACUUAUGUCACAGAAAGAUGGAAUGAAAGAUGUUAUCUAAAGGAGAAAAGAGCUGUGUAAAAUAACAUUGGUAUGAUAUGUUGAUAUGUUGGAUGUUGGCAACGAAUGACCAUUGAAGAGUACAGUAUUGGCACUUGAAGUAACUACCCAGUGUUUCCAGAUUUCUAUGAAAUGAUUAUUAAUACUUACAAUAUGAGGGAAAUAGUUUUCCUUACAAAAAUUGUAAUUAAGUAGGUUGAAAAGCAGCUUCUUUUUUUUUGGAAUGGUGUAGGCAUAUAAUGGUCAUAAGAUAUUCAUUCAAGUAGACCACUGAUUGGCCAGCUCAUCCUCCUCUAAACCACUGAUUGGCCAGCUCAUCCAUCUCAGGGAGAUGACAUCAUAUUCUAUGAGGAAAUAGCAAGCAUUUUGAAACUGGAUGUUUGAGAUGGUGUUAUUUUGUUUUUUCUUCAAUUUAUGCAUUGGCCACAAAUGCAAAUAUAGGACAAGUCAACAACAUUAUUUGCAUAUGAGUUAACAGAAUAUUAACUUUAAAAAAAAGUGAUAUUUUCACUGGGCAGCUCCUUUUAAAAUAAUAGUUGAAAGAUAGUUGACUUACCGAAAUGAAGUUCUGACAGUAUUUAUAUUUCUACUACUACUGUACUGUUAUGUCUGCUUUUUCCCCACUCAAAGGUGGUGAAAUUCCGUUAAGCUAAACUCCGUUAAUCCAAACCCUUGACUGUCCAUGUUAUUACAUGUAUUGCUAUAUAGUAACAGUAUACUGUCAUAACAGGAGCUAGGACUUCUGAGGUACAAUAUUCCACAAGGAUAAGCACCAUCACUGUAUGUGGAUUGUUGCAGAAUGUGAAUGUUACCCUCUACUGAACACAGAUAUAGUGCUGCUGCUUGUUUGCCUCAUUAAAACGUCAAGCGCUCAUGUGCAAUUCUGAUCCCUA